AUGCAUUGCAAGUCCGUAAGCAAAUAUUUCAGUAUAUCGCAAUGUAAAUUUAAAGCUUUGCGUCGUGGAAUCACCGAAGUAACUGUCGAAAUUACUGUACUGCGUAAGCCUAUCAAUAAUGCAACGGUGCGUGGUGAAGUUCGCAAACGUGGCGUAGAAACCGGCAAACCUUUGAUGGAUUUUCAAAUUGACGCCUGUGCUUUUCAGCGUAAUAAGAAUCGAAAUGUUAUAGCAAACUUGGUAUACCAAUUCAUGGGCUUGGAGAAAUGGAGUAAUAUGAAUCACACGUGCCCCUAUAAUCAUGACUUAUUGUUGAAGCAGUAUCCUUUCAACGGCUGGACAAUGGGGAAAUUGGUGCCUUUACCUUUGGGUCAUUACACAGUAACUACCUUCUGGGCGAGCUAUAAUAUGGAUGGUGUUCAGGUUGAUGUAUAUUUUGAGCUGUAUGAAAAAUAA